UGACUCUACGUGACUGGGGGGCAGAUUACAGUUCAAUUAGUUUCUGCUAUUUGUAAUCAGUCCUUAGUACACUCAUUGGGAACAUGGAUAUGAUUAAUGACUUUUAUCGAAGGGGCAGCGAAGCAGCCAUAAUCCUGGAUUAAGGAUCACACAAACAUUGUAAAAAUGAAUGUAUAUGGUUGUGAGUCUCAGAUGUUGGACAGUCAUGAUGAUGGAGAACCAGAGAGACAAUCCGCGAGCAGACAACUAGAGACACAGGGGUAACCAACACCAGCUGACUGUUAACUAACACAACUGAGGAACGUUUAUUCCUGUGAGGAUGGGUUGCGCGAUAUCAGGGUCUGGUUUGACACCGAGAGCACCGGAGAAGAGAGACAGGGACACGGAGAAUGAAGGUGACGCUCCGGCGCAUCUCAGCGAACAUCAGAUCCACAUGAUCAAAGACUCGUGGAGAGUUAUCCAGGAGGACAUCGCCAAAGUGGGAAUCAUCAUGUUUGUCAGGUUAUUUGAGACUCAUCCGGAGUGUAAAGACGUCUUCUUCCUCUUUCGGGAUGUGGAGGAUCUGGAGAGGUUACGCACCAGCAGGGAGCUUCGAGCCCAUGGCCUGCGGGUGAUGUCGUUCAUUGAGAAGAGUGUGGCGAGACUCGAUCAGUUAGAUCGAUUACAGACACUGGCACUGGAACUGGGCAAAAGCCAUUACCGCUACAAUGCACCACCAAAGUAUUAUGGGUAUGUCGGAGCAGAGUUCAUUUGUGCCGUGCAGCCGAUUUUGAAGGACAAAUGGACACCUGAACUGGAACAAGCAUGGAAGACUCUGUUCCAGUACGUCACUCAGAUUAUGAAGGACGGUUAUCUUGAAGAAGAGCGGACCAAACGCAACCAAAUGUUGACGUCCAGUAAAGAACGUCCAGACAAGAGAAACACAGCGAUAUAACACAGCGACAUGUCACUCAUUUCAGCUUAGCUGUGUAUAUAGUGUAUUUAUUUCUUCAAAUGAACCUUGUGUAUGUAUAAAAUGAAUUUAAACAUGUUAA